AAAAACACGGCACCCAAUGCCCGCAAAGUCUUGUGGCGGAAAAGCGCGGGGCGAAGAGUGGGAAAUGCCGCGCGUCACAAACAAUGAUCUCGCGGUCAAACCUGAUCGGAAUACGGAAGGCGUGCUGUUAUACCGACGGAAGACACACUUACCGGAACAGGACUGGACGGUGUCAGAUCCAGAGGACACGAAAGAUACCGUCUUGUUGGAAUGUAAGGAUAGUGCAACGGGUGCAUGCGAAUCGAUUCCAGUGUGACCGGAUUGGUUCCCGUUUGAAAAAGGCAUUUUAUGAAGGUGAACCGAAUUGA